GUUCAAAUGUGCAAAAUUUCCUAUACUCUGGAGCACCAUAUAAUUUGUGUUCUAUCUUCAUCAUGCACUCCUUUUCCCUAUAUUACACAAUAGCCCUUGCUUAGAAGAACAAUAUCUUUGAAGAAGGCCAUGGCUUGUGAGAAGAGCAAGAUACUGAUAAUUGGAGCCACAGGGUAUCUAGGCAAGUACAUGGUGAAAGCAAGCGUUUCUUUGGGCCAUCCAACCUAUGCCUACACCCGACCAAUCAAACCCAACACUGACCCUUCCAAGCUGGAGCUGCACAAAGAAUAUGAAGCCAUGGGACUCACCAUCUUCCAAGGUGAACUCGAUGAGCACGAAAAGCUAGUCGCAGCGCUUGGACAAGUUGAUGUUGUAGUAUCUACGCUGCCUGUGCCUCAGCAUCUUCAACAGUUAAAAAUUAUCAACGCCAUCAAAGAUGCUGGCAAUAUAAAGAGAUUUAUUCCGUCAGAGUUUGGAGAUGAUCCAGAAAGAGCAAGCGCAUUGCCGCCUUUCGAGGCUCUACAUGAGAAUAGAAGGGUGAUUAGAAGGGCGGCGGAAGCAGCAGGAAUUCCGUACACUUGUGUGUGUGCAAACUCAUGUGCUGCAUAUUUUGUUGAUUAUCUGCUUCAUCCUCGUGAAGAACGUGAGGAAGUCGUUGUUCAUGGCACUAGUGAAGCCAAGGCUGUGCUGAAUUAUGAGGAAGACAUAGCCACAUACACAAUAAAAGCAGCAACAGAUCCAAGGGCAGCCAAUCGCGUCCUCACUUGUAGACCACAAGGAAACAUUAUAUCUCAGCUGGAUUUGAUUUCUUGUUGGGAGAAGAAGACCGGACGGACUCUUAGAAGGAUUCAUAUCCCAGAACACGAAAUCCUCAAGCAUUCUGAGACCCUUCCUCACCCAGACAAUGUACGUGCCGCAAUCAUUUACAGCUUAUUCAUCAAAGGUCAGAUGAGGAUUGAACUCACAGCAAACGACUUAGAGGCCUCAGAAUUAUAUCCUGAUUACAAGUACACUCCCAUUGAUAAGUUCCUUGAUAUUUGCUUGGUUGAUCCUCCCAAGCCAAAAUUAGCAACAUUCUAAUUAGCUUCCUUGAUAUUUGCUUGUUUAAAGUAGUAUUGUAAUUUCUUUUUAUUUAAUAAAGUUAUGUGAUACGCUACGGUAUAAUAUAAUAUAAUAUAAU